GUUGAACGCCACAUGACAACGGCAUUUCUGUAUUUCUCGAAUUUGCUCUUUUUCUCGAGACAAAGAGGAGUGAUGUGCACACCAACAUUCCCGUCUGUAGCUUGGCCAAAGGAGAGGAGGAACAUCUCGUCUCCAAAGGGCAUCUGUUUCUGCGGUGACUGUUGAAGACUGGCUCAUUCUUCGCAACAACGUUUGUAUGAAGCCGACGUCUGUUUUUUUAUACCCUCACACAAUUGUACCAUAAAAGAUAUGUUCAAUUCCGUUCCUCUAAAGACUGUGGGAGAAGACAGUAAAUACGAAAUUGACCUAAAAUAACAAUUAAAAAUCUACAUGUCCCGUAAAACGGAAGCUCGGAUUCCAGAAAGCUGAAGUUCUUUUUAAAAGUCUCUAUAAUUCUGAGGCCUUUCACAUUAUGGAAUAGACUACACCACGGAAUGCUCUUUACUGUCGGUUUUGUGCAAGCGAGAGAGUUUGAACGCCGUUUUGAGUCAAGCAUCCCCUGUCUCGGCACGUUCCGACGAAUUGCAAGGGAAACGCAACGGAUGACCGUGGAGGGAGGAAUGAGAUAAGCAUCUUUUCACUUUGCACAGCCGCUGCAGCUCUCUCUCUCUCCCUAUCUCCCUCUCUCUCACACACAUACGCACACACACCGUACACGUACAAAGCUACAACACCCUCACUCCAAGCAUCCAACGCGGGAUUUAUGGUCGCAACCUACGUUUAACUUCGCUUAAAUGUUUACCGGCUCGGCAAGGUAAAUACAGUCCCGCAAGGUGAUGUAAAGUGCAUAAUUCCACGCGGGUGCACUUCCGAGGAGCUGUCCGCGCUAGUUGAGGUGCUGAUGCGGGUCUGAGACGCUAGCAUGGCUGCCGGGAGACUGCUGCUGUACGCCGGCCUCUCUCUCUCACUCUGCGCCCUUGGGAUGCUGGCCGUGGCUAUCUGCUCCGACCACUGGUACGAGACGGACGCCCGACGGUACAGGGAACGGUGCCGAAGUUUCUCCAGCCGCAGGAACGACCCGGGCUUUAUUUAUAUCCCCAACAACAGCCUCCCGCUGCGGGCGAGCAGGUCGAGGCUGGACCGCUGGGAGGAGAAGCUGCUGCUGGCGCGGAAUCGGCGGCAGCUGUUCGCCAUGAGUGCGGCGGACGAGUGCAGCAGGCGGUAUAACUCCACCAACAUGGGGCUGUGGAGCAAAUGCCAUCGGCUGGGAUUCGACCAGGACAUCGAGGACCUCAUUCGGAAAGGUGUUAUCACUAGAUGUUCCUUCAUCAAGUACCAUUACUCGUCGGCCAUGAUACCGAAGAACCUCUCCUACAACAUCACAAAGACCAUCCGUCAGGACGAGUGGCACUCCCUGCAUCUGCGGCGGAUGACAGCAGGCUUCAUGGGCAUGGCGGUGGCCAUCAUCCUGUUCGGGUGGAGCAUCGGGGUGCUGGGAUGCUGCUGGGACCGGGGUCUCAUGCAGUACGUGGCCGGUCUGCUCUUCCUCAUGGGAGGUACUUUCUGCAUUAUCUCUCUGUGCACCUGCGUGGCUGGCAUUAACUUCGAGCUCUCCCGCUACCCCCGCUACCUGUAUGGGCUCCCUGACGACAUCGGCCACGGGUACGGCUGGUCUAUGUUCUGCGCCUGGGGGGGUCUGGGCCUCACCCUCAUCGCCGGCUUCUUCUGCACCCUGGCCCCCUCCAUCCAGCCCCUGCCCCGCUCCACCUGCCCCAAGUCCCGGCCCGAGAACGGCACGGUGUGCUGAGGGCCGCCAGGCCGACGCCGCCGCUGAGAGCAGGGGACACCCUGCCCGCUUACGGGGACACCGAGCAGUGUGAGGAGAAACACUAACACGCAUAACUUUAGAGUCAUUUCCGAUCUCUCCUGGAUACGGAUGCAGAAAUCGGUAUUUUAUAUUGUGUGUGUGUAUAAAAUGGGGGGAUCUCUAUCUGGUCUCAUAAAAUAGACAUUAUGAAUCUGUGGCAAAUGUUACAAAAACUGCUUGAUCGAUCA